AUGGAUGUUGCCACUAAGAACAGAACCAGGCCAAGGAUGGAUAAGGUUAGAGUUGAGGUGAAUCUGACCAAGACCAAAUUAACUUCUAAUUUUGUGGGUACUGAGGAUACGAAUUGUCCACGCAAAGGUUUCUACAAAAAUCUUGAGUAUGAGAAUGUUCCGAAAUUUUGUACACAUUGCAAACUAUUGGGACACUUAAUAAUCCAAUGUGGAAAGGUUGAAAAGAAGAGGGUUGAUGAAAUGGAAGAUAUGGAAAAGAAAAACAACAAGCAUGACAACAAUAUAACAGAUGGAGAAUUUAUAAUGGAGGAAAAGGAAAAAGAAGUUCGUCAACAAGAGAUGCAGAAAGCUAAAAAUAGCAGCACUGACAUAGAAGAAAAGGAAGGUAAGGAAUUAAGCUCCAUAGGCAGUCACAAAAUAACCUCUAAUAAUGAGAAGGGUAACAAGAGUGUGGAAAAGGAUCAACAAGAAGAAGAAAGCACCAGAGAUACUGGAGAAAACCAACAAAAUAGUGAUAAAAGUGUACAAGAGGUUGAAAAGGAGGCUAAUAUUAGGAAUGAGGAAGGAACUGGGGAUAAUUUGACAUUACAUUGUGGAAAGAGUGUAUCCUCUAUUUUACCAUCCCAGCUAAAAAUAUUGUCUGGUAUCAAUUUGGAUGUUGACUUGAACCACAAUGUUCUGGUUAGUUUUAGCACCCAAGAUAAGGUUGCAACAAUUAAUGUGGAGAAUGCAAUGACAACAACAAAAAUAUGGCUCAGACUAAGGACUGUCUUCUAG